AUGCAGAACAACACGAAUAAUUGGCCCCUUAGCGCUCAUGUAAGCUCUAUUACUCUACGCCCCUAUUAUCAGAACGAACAAGUAACUCCAUCUCUCCCACGAACCAGACCAUCAUCGUCCUGGUCCUCAUCUCCUUCCAUCUCACGAUCAAGAUCUCAACCGCCAUCACCUAGGCGAGCACGAUCCUCUACUCCCUCUCCCCCUACUCUCCUCACCACCCGCGAAAAAGACGAAGAAUACUUCCUCUACCAAGAAACCCACAACAAAAUUCUCUCUCAGAUCAACGAGCGCGCAAGCGGUAUCACCAAUCCGAACGGCAAUGAUAUCGGGAUCGCCACGAUAGAAGAAUCAACGAGACAAUAUCUCAUUUUGAAGACGCUUGAUACAUGCUCCUCGCAGGAAGUCAUGAAAAUUGGAAUCUUCCUGAGUCGGAAUCGCUGGGUUAGAUUGUGGUUGCAGAAUUUGCUGGAUGAUGCGGAAGAGGUGAAGAGGAGAGAGGGGAAGGUGGUGAUGUAUAGGUGGAGGGAUGUGGUGGGGGAGUUGGUGGUAGGGAAUAAGAUUGUAAGGGGGUUGUUGACGGACUUGUUGUUGCAGAAGGUGGAGGAUGGGAGGUGGGAGGUGAGACUGUUUUUGGAUGGGGAUAUUGCGAAGCGUGUGGAUUCGUUUGGUGGUGAGAUGAGUGGGGCUGGUUAUUAG